AUGGAAUUUUCUUCAGGAGUUGGAACUCCAUUCGUUUGUGUGUUUAUCAAUUUUUUAUUUUAUUUCGUUGCAUUAGUACCAGUACGAAGAGCUCAAGCAUUACAAGAAGAAGGCUAUGAUAAUUCUAAUCCAAGAGAUCAAUACAAUAGACUGCCUGAUUGGGGGAAAAGGGCAAUUGGAGCAGCAAAUAAUACAUUCGAAGGACUUGUUUUCUUCUCUAUAGCAGUAUUUAUGUACGCAUUUUCUCAUAUGUUAAGUUUGAACCCUUUUGGUAAUAAAUAUAAUAACAUUGAAAUGACCGCUAAUAUUUUAUGUGUUGUUUAUAUCGUUUCACGAGUGUGCUAA